AUGACGAACAGCAGCGACACUGUGGUGCUGAACGGCGGAGCCAAGGGGGUUAUAGGCCAGCCCGCUGGGCCCAAGGAGCAGGAUGUCAACCAAGCCACACCUCCGUCCGUCACGCCUCCGGUGGCGAAGCCCCCCAUCGCCAAACCACCCGCCGCCAAACCCCCCGCCGCCAAACCAACUGCCGCCAACCCUGCCGCUGCCAAACCCCCGUCAGACAAGCCUCCUGCCGUGGGCCCCGGCACCGUGAAGCCCGCCGCGACGCCGGGUGCGACAAAGCCAGUCGCUCCGAAGCCACCGACAGCAAAGCCAUCCGCCUCGACACCAGCUGCCCCGAAGCCAGCCGCUGCUCGGCCGCCUUCCGCGAACCCAGCCGCCCCCAAGCCGGCCGCCGCCGCACCGCCCUCGGACCCCCCAGCAGUCACCUCACAGCCUAGGGUGAGGAAGCGAGACCAGCUCAAGUCCGUCUCGGCGCGCUUCUUCGGUGCGGCCGGCGCUGCGGCCAGCGCGAUAGCGGUCACGGACUACCAGUAUGACGGCGCUGCCAAGGAAGGCCAGGAGCACAGCAUCUCGCUGGGGCCGAAGCCUGGGUCGGGGGUGAACUUCCCCAAGAUAUCGUUGAAGAACGUUGGCUUCGGGCGCUCAGGCAGUAGCGGUGGAGGCGAUGGCGUUGGCGAUGACGCCUGGCCGGACGCAAAUCAGCGGUACGCCCAAGGCUACGAGGGCGAUGGUUACGACGAGUUGGCUGCCGGCUAUGAAGGCUUGACUGUCAACGAUCGCGUCGGUCCCGACGGAGAGGAGUGGGGUGAGGGAGAGGAGGAGGAGGAGGAGGAGGAGGAAGAGGAGGACGACGACGAGCCGCAGGAGUGGCAGGAGCAGCAGUGGGAGGAUGGGCAGGAGUCGCAGGAGGGGCACGAGUGGGAGGAGGGCCAGGAGGGUUGGGAGGGGGAUGAGGGCGGUGUUGUGGACGACCACGACGAAGGGCACGAUAUCGAGCAGCAAGACCAGCAGUACCCAGAGGACGACAAUGAGGCCGAGGAGUCCGACGACGGCACCGACGUGAUCCCACAACAGUUCUCUCGUGGGUGCGCGCAAGGGCAAGACGACGAGGACGAUGACAUGGAAGGGGAGGGCGAAGAUGAUGGCAACGGGGAUGAGCGUGUGGCGGAGUAUGAGGAGGGAGUGGACGAGGACGAGGAGGACGACGACGACGACGAUGAUGAUGAUGACGACGACGAAGAUGAGGUGUAA